AUGGCGACCUCGUGGUUCGUGGACCCGGAGCUUAAGCCGACGACCUUCACGGCGUCUUAUGUAUGCAACAACCUGUCUAAGCAUGGCGAGACACUGGCUUAUGCGAGCGUAGACGACGUGGUGUAUGUGGACACGACGCAUACGCCUUACAGGACUCAUAAACUGCCCUGUGCAGAAAAAUCUGCAGUACACCAAGUGCGCUUCUGCACGUUGAAAGACUUAGUCGUGAUCGUCGUUGCCUCGGACAACGGCAUUCAGAUCUACGACUCCACGGGUGAGGAGAGUCUUGCGGAGAUCGCACUGAAGGAUAUCGUGGGUGCUGAAGGGGAUUAUUUCUAUUGUCAAGGCAUUUGCUCCAUCCACAUGAAGGAGCCACGGCUCGUCGUGGGCACGUCGGUCGGGAAGCUCCUUGUCAUUGGGAAGGAGGAAGAAGCCAAGUCAGGGGAAGGAUCUAGCUUCGAGGUGUGCAAGACUCUUACCGAGCAUGGCGAGGCUAUUUGCAGUGUGGAGAGCUCCCUUGACGGCACAUUGCUAGCGAGCAGCGAUAUGAGUGGAGCUAUUAUGAUCCGUAACCCCAGGGACGGCUUCGAGGUUACCCACCGGAUCGUGAGCACCGGUUAUCCUGCGACUUCUAUGACUUUUAUGGCGGAAAACUGGCUGGUGGCUGGCUUCCUGACUGGGUGUCUGCGGUUGUAUAACCCCGAGAACUUCCACUUGCACGCUGAGGUGGCUGCCCAUACACGCGCGAUCACGGCGUUGGAUGCACACAACGAGUUUGUAGUGUCAGUGAGCGACGAUACGUUUAUGAAUAUCUGGGAGAUUUCAUCCACCAAACCGGGAGCAGCACCGCGCGUAAAACUCGUGAGCUCUCAGCCUGUCCCGAAUGAUCUCCUCACAGGCGUGGCCUUCGUGUCGACUAACAGCCUCUUGACUGCGGCAUACGACAGUGCGCACCUCAAGCUCUGGAGCCCGGAAUAAGGAGCAGGUUUAAGACUUCAGCAGACUUGAAUACAAGAAGAAGCGGGGUUAAUUCUCAUCUGCAAUAUAUCGGAUUCAAGAUGCACACCCA